GAAAGGCGAACGGAGGUAGAGUAAGUAUAAGGGCAUUAUGCAGUAACCCUAGAAAUCUUUCUCGCUUAUUGUUGCCGUUGCAGCUAUCUUUGCCGUCACCUAUCAGAUUCUUGCGAAGAUGGUUCUUCAAAACGAUAUCGAUCUCCUUAACCCUCCAGCAGAGCUUGAGAAGAGGAAGCACAAGCUCAAACGUCUUGUUCAGUCUCCCAAUUCCUUCUUCAUGGAUGUGAAGUGCCAAGGCUGCUUUAACAUCACUACAGUGUUCAGUCACUCGCAGACCGUUGUGGUAUGCGGAAACUGCCAAACCAUUCUGUGCCAACCUACAGGAGGAAAGGCUAGGCUCACCGAAGGAUGCUCUUUCAGGAAAAAGUGAGAGAUUGAUUUGAAGUAAUCAUUCAAUCACAUCAAGCCUUUUUUCUUUAUUGCGUUAUGAAUUUUGGUUAUCUGUUUUAAUACAAACUCUUUGAUGUUAGUAUCGUAAAGUUAUUACUAUGUUGAUGUCUGGAUUUUGAACUUCUUUAUGCAAAAGUUGAAUUGUUUGCUUUGA